AUGCAAAGCAAGAAGGAUGAUCAGAUAGUCGAGAGGAAGACAAGCGUGUAUGAUAAGAGUUUGUCCAUCAUUGCAGCAUUCUCCGUAAGUUUGUUGCCGCCAGCACCGUUCGUGCAGCUACCCCUGGCUAUCAUGGAAAGCAAGAAGGAUAAGACAGAUGAGAAAAGGGCAUUAGUUGUUGGGCCAUGGGGAGGCCAUGGAGGGAUUAACUGGGAUGAUGGGCCUCAGAGUGGGGUUCGAGAAAUCAAACUAAAAUACGACCGUUGUAUUGACUCAGUUUGCAUCGUUUACGACAAGAAUGGGAAGCCAUUUUCGGGGCCCAAGCAUGGAGGCGUUGGUGGCACAAAAACUGUUGAGAUCAAGGUGCAGUUUCCAGAGGAGUUCUUGACGACCGUGACGGGCCACUAUUGCCCGGUGGUUCAUGGUGGCAGCCCAGUUAUCCGAUCCAUUACGUUCAAGAGCAACCGGAGAACAUUUGGGCCUUACGGAGUAGAAGAAGGGACGCCAUUCUAUUUCCCAAUGGAAGGGGGGCAAAUUGUGGGCUUCAAAGGCAAAUGUGGAUGGUACUUAGAUUCCAUUGGCUUUUACAUAGCAAGAACAAAAGCACCUAAAGUCAUGCAAAAAGUCCAGCAGAGGUUUAGAAGGCUGACUAGCUCUGUAUCUCUUGCUCCUCCUCCUCCAAGAGAUGUUAAAUCGAGCUAA